AUGAUCAGUCAGUCGUGUGACCAGUGCGCCACCACAAAAUGCAUUAAGACGUCCAGCGGUUCGAGCUCGCAGGGUAGCUCGUCAGGAGGAAGUAACGUAGGGGCCAUCGCCGGUGGUGUGGUUGGUGGUGUUGCUGCUGUGGCCCUCAUCACCUUCCUGGUAUGGUGGUUCUUCGUCCGCAAGAAGCGUCAGGAAUUAGCCCAACAACAAGGAACCAGCGACGGCGAAAAAUCCAGCACCUUCACCGAUGCUCGCCAGGCACGGAAGUCGACAAACUCGAUCGCUUCUACCGUGCUCACUCGCGCUUCGAACGUCAUCCAGAUCGCCUACAUCCCUGGAGUCACCAACCGUUCGCCCCCGGAAACGCCCCUGGUGCCGCCAGUUCCUCCGCUUCCGGGUGCCGCUCCCGAUCAGCACUUCUUCAUGCCCGGUGACCUGCGCGACUCGGCCUGGUCUGAGGCCUCCCGCCAGCAUCGAAGUAUCGCCCCCAGUUUGCGUAGCAGCGUUGCCACGACGAUUUACCGCGAUAAUGCGAUUGUGAGCCCCAUGCCGGCUCAGCAGGCAAUGCGCACCCGAGCCGCUGUGGUCAGCAUUCACAACGGAGGGAACCCUCCGGGAUCGGGAAAUACGUUGGCGCCUCCCGAUGCGCCUGCGGUCCCUGCCAUCACGCAAGCACAGCUCGCUCGCGCCGCUAUCACCGAAUCGAAUAGCAACAGCUCUAUCGUGGCACGCACGGUCACUGCUAAACCGGUUAUGGUGAAGGGCAGCAUUAAAAAGAAGAACAAGAAUCCGAACAAUAGCAACACGGCUACGCCUAGCGCCACCUCGCCGGCCGUGCAGACAAUUGAGGAGCAGUCGGAAUCAUCUACCUCGGCUGCAUCGAGUACCAAGCCGCCACCUGGCCCGACCUCGGGAUUUGAUGCUAAUUCAUCCGACGAGGAAGAGGCCCAUGCGAAGGACAUCCAACCCAGAAAGGGCGGAUCACCGGCGCCUAAGAGCCCGACAGUAAUCGAGGAUUCACCCGCCGUUGAGCAGAGCCCUUUCCAGGAUCAGCCAAACCCCCAGACAAACCGACGCGCAUCGGCGCGCUUGUCGUCUCGACUCGAGGCCGACGAGGGCACCAGAUCUAAUCGAAGCAGCCGAAUCCCACCCGAGCGAACGGAAAGUCCAUUUUCCGACGCCAACGAGGUGAAAUGA